AUGGCAAUUGAACUUAGUACUGGUUUAAUGGUUGCCUAUGGCGCUAUUUGGACUAUGGCAAUCAUCCCAAUUUACAUUGGAUCAUACAUGUCACUUAAAGAUACAAAGGCAGAAACAAUGAAAAAAUCAGAUGCAUGGACAUUCCCAUUGAUUGGUAGUGUAUUUUUGUUUGGUUUAUAUUUAGCAUUCAAGUAUUUUGAUAAGGAUUUGAUUAAUCUUAUCAUGGUGUAUUACUUUAUUAUUUUUGGUCUUUUUGCACUCUCACAAAUGACUGCACUUGCUAUUCGCUGGAUUCUUGGUGUACAAGCACCAGUUACUCCAUCCUCUACUACUACUUCAUCAUCCUCAAAGAAGAAUAACAAAAAGCCAGCAGGAGCUAUUUUGGAUUUCCACAUUCCAGCCAUCCCAUACAUUGUUGAACGUACUCGUGUCACUGUUGACAUUUAUGACUUGGUUGGUUUUGUUAUUGCUCUUGGUAUUAGCUACUGGUACAUGACUACCAAGCAUUGGAUUGCCAACAACAUUUUUGGUCUCACUUUUUCGAUUCAAGGUAUCUCUUUGAUUGGAUUGCAUGACUAUUCGGUCGGUGUCAUUCUUUUGAGUGGUCUCUUUUUAUACGACAUCUUUUGGGUAUUUGGAACUGAUGUCAUGGUCACUGUCGCCAAGUCAUUCGAUGCCCCCAUCAAACUCCUCUUCCCAAAGGAUAUUUUCGCCUCCACCUACCAAUUCACUAUGCUCGGUCUCGGUGAUAUUGUCAUGCCAGGUAUCUUUAUUGCUCUCCUCCUCAAAUUCGAUCGUUCACUUGCCUCUUCUGACAAGACCAUGAAAACUACCUACUUUACUUCAAACUUGAUCUCUUAUGCUCUUGGUCUUAUGACUACUAUCUUUGUUAUGCAUACUUUCCAAGCUGCUCAACCCGCUUUAUUAUACUUGGUUCCAUAUUGUAUUGGUGGAUCAUUAAUUGUAGCAUUAGCCAAGGGUCAAUUCAAGAAAUUAAUUUCUUUCAGCGCAGAUGCAAACAAGCCCAAGGUUAAAUAA